AUGCCCACGCAGACGGAGCAGCUGGAUCUGCCCCCAUAUCCCCAAUGUGAGGUGCCUGUGUCCGACCAGGGUGGGAAACGGCGCAGAGGCUCAUCUUCAUCUGUCGAUGGAACCCGAAAAAGACUGCUUCACCCAUUGGAGUUUCCUGAUCUUUGGUCAGGCUCUCCCACCGAAAUAAAUACACCGAGUGUCCUCUCACCGUCACUCGCGUCAAUUCGCCAAACCGACUUUGAGCGUGCUUCGCCUCGUCGCAGCAAUGAUGGGAAUCUCGCGCGUCUCAUAGAAGCACUUCGUGACGCCACUGACGAGACGAUCAUCGAAGCACUUAGACAAACGAAUCACAGUGACCUGCUAGCUUUACGACAAAAUACGGAUCAAAAACUGCCAGCCGGGCUUGAACGACAUGUCUGUAAGAUGUUUGACGACUUUGGUGUCAAUAUGUCCGGGCAUCUUCAUGACGAGAUCCUUCACCGUUUGCGCAACGCGAUACCUGAAUACCUAGGCGACUCAAAUUUCGAAGAGAUUGUCCGUAAUCAAAUCUCUGACGAAUUCGAAACCAUACAAACCGAAUAUCUUGCACAGGUCGAUGAAAAGAUCGAGGAUGGUAGAUUCGAAAUACAAGAUGUCGCCAAUGAUUCUUGGAAGGUAUUUGAGGAUGAUGCGCUACGCCUCAAGGAUGAUAUCAAGGAUGAGAUCAAGGAUGAGAUCAAGGAUGAGAUCAAGGCUGAAAUCAAGGCUGAAAUGCUUGGGUUUCAGGAAAACCCCGCUAGGUUCAAGCGCUUGUUUCAUAAUAGCAAGUCAAGGCCAUACAGCCAUGCAAGGUAUCUCUCUAUCUAG